GGACUUGAGGCGGGCGCUGCGGGACGGUGGUUGUGUCCGAGGACGCGGACGAUGGAGUGCGCGCUGGCCGUGCCCCGGCUGCCCCCGCAUGACCCGGGGACGCCGGUGCUGUCGGUGGUGGACAUGCACACGGGCGGUGAGCCCCUGCGCAUCGUGCUGGCGGGGUGUCCGGAGGUGGCCGGGGCCACCUUGCUGGCGAAGCGGCACUACAUGCGCCAGCACCUAGACCAUGUGCGGCGACGGCUCGUGUUCGAGCCCCGAGGGCACCGGGACAUGUAUGGGGCCGUCCUGGUGCCGAGCGAGCUGCCGGACGCACACCUGGGCGUGCUGUUCCUGCACAACGAGGGCUACAGCUCCAUGUGCGGCCACGCCGUGCUGGCGCUCGGCCGCUUCGCUCUGGACUUCGGACUGGUGCCCGCGCCCCCGGCCGGCACCCGCGAGGCCCGCGUCAACAUCCACUGCCCGUGCGGGCUGGUGGCCGCCUUCGUGGAGUGUGAGGGCGGCCGCAGCCGUGGCCCUGUGCGCUUCCACAGCGUCCCGGCCUUCGUGCUGGCCACAGGUAACGGGCGGGGCCCUUCCAGCCCCAGGCGGAGCAACAGCCCGGGAUGCAACUAACUACACUUGCAGUCUCUCUGGGCUGGAACCCGCACGGCGCAACUAACCACCCCGCAUGCCCUUGCAAUUAACGAAAGAUCUCGUGGUAGAUGUUCCUGGACAUGGAAAGGUGGUGGUGGACAUCGCAUAUGGUGGAGCAUUUUAUGCAUUUGUUAGUGCUGAAAAGUUAGGACUUGAUGUUUGUUCUGCAAAGACAAGGGACCUUGUAGAUGCAGCAAGUUCAGUGACAAAAGCAGUGAAAGCUCAGUUUAAAAUUAAUCAUCCUGAUAGCGAAGACCUUGCCUUUCUAUACGGAACCAUAGUAACAGAUGGAAAAGAUGCAUACAGCGAGGAACCAACCACCAACAUCUGUGUGUUUGCAGAUGAACAGGUUGACAGAAGUCCUACCGGUUCAGGAGUGACAGCCCGAAUUGCCUUACAGUAUCACAAAGGGCUUCUAGAACUGAACCAGACUAGAGCCUUUAAAAGCAGUGCAACUGGCUCAGUAUUCACAGGAAAAGCCGUGAGGGAAGCAAAAUGCGGUGAUUUCCAAGCUGUCACAGUGGAAGUAUCAGGACAAGCGCAUUACACGGGCACAGCAAGCUUUACAGUUGAAGAUGACGAUCCACUGAGGGACGGGUUUCUUCUCAAGUGACUUCUUCCAUGACGUUUAAGGGCUGUUUUUUAAAGUAAUGAUUGUCCAUAGUGAUGUUUUCUCUAAAUUAUGUGAAAACCAAUAUCCAAAUUAUACACAUAAGCUAAUUUGCAUUUUUCUAAAAUAGUACACUGUGGCUAAAUAUAAAGUCACUAUACCUCAUAUUUGCAAAUGUAUAUUGCUAUAAAUGUCACAAAAUUCAGAAUUCAGAAUGUUUUUCUAGUGAUUAAUGUAUCAGGUAAAAUUAAAACAUAGUUACUUUU